CUCUUCCUGACGCGCUGUACGUUAUGACGUCAACACAACGGAUCUGUGACCAGAGCGGCUCGUGAGGUGAUUCUACCCUGAAACAUGUCUCUGCUCCCCGGGGCCGACACGGUGAACGUGACCGGGCCUGGGAGCCUCCCUGCCGCCUAACCCGGCGACUCACGUCCCCGCAGCGACGCGACUGGAGCCUUCAAAACAAGCCGGAGGCGACGGGGGCCGCUUCAUUGACUCAAGAGAAGAUGGCGGAGUUCUCGCCCGUCCUGCCGAUGCGGGAUGGAGGAGGAGGAGGACGGUUCGGUCAGCCCAUCUUCCCUCGCUCCAGGUCCGGCUCCGAGUCGGAGAGCGAGCUGUCCCAGAGCCUGGCCCGGACCAAGAUCCGCUCCUACGGCAGCACCGCGAGCGUCACGUCCUCUCUGGGGGAGAAAUACAUCGAGCAUCGGGUUUCAGACAGCGAUACUCUGCAGGGCAUCGCGCUGAAGUACGGUGUCACGAUGGAGCAGGUCAAGAGAGCCAACAAGCUGUUCAGCAACGACUGCAUCUUCUUGAGGAACAGCCUCAACAUCCCCGUGGCGUCCGAGAAGCGCUACACAUUUAACGGACUCUCUCUAGAGUCGCCCGAUGGGGAUGGCGAAACGGCGUGCCAGGAGGGGGACUCGCCCUCUGUUACACCGGAUAUUGAGGGACCCUCGCCGCCUCCAUCCCCGCCAUCAGAGGACUCCAAACCCACCCAGCCAGAGGAGCUGUCAGCCAAAGACUUCUUACACAGACUGGACUUGCAAAUAAAACAGUCAAAGCAGGCGGCGCGCAGGCUGAAAGAAGAGGAAGUAAGGAGCAACGAAGACAACUACUUGGCCCCUACAACGUCGUACCAGGAGAUAUGAGAGACUAGUCUGUUUACCUGAGGCCCUGUUCCGGAAGCACACACACACACACAACCACAAUCUCCUUACUUUUCUUUAUUUCUGCUUUUUCUUUUACCGAACCACGUUGAACAAAAGUGUCAUGUUUGCCUUUUUAUUUAUUGUUGUGCAGUUAUUAUGAUGUAUAUGAUUGUUUUUUUUUGUACAGUGUUACAGGGAGAGUUAAUCAGAGCACAUGUGCCCAUCCACUUAUCUUAUGCUUCUGAAGCUGCUGUACAGAACGCACCUGCUGCAUAAGUUCACACACACACACACACACACACACACACACACACACACACACACACACACACACACACACACACACACACACACACACAGUCUCACUCUGAGUGCUAAGCAACUCCAGACGGAUUAGCUUGUUAGACUUGCUAACUGCUGCCGAUGUUCUCAAUCCUCCUCUUAGAAUAGUAACAUUGAGGAGCAUUUUCAGGCCUUCAGCAUCAGUGUUUACCCAGAAUGAGCGCACCGCUCUCAGGGGCGGUGGACGGACUCCAGCCUUUGUUCCAUUUGCCUCCAUCGAAAGCUUUUUGCUUUAGGAACAGAAGGGACUGCUCUAUUUUUUUUUUUGAAGUGUGAAUGUAUUAUUUAUGUGUGUAACAGCUGUUUAAUUGUGCUUUUAAAUUCUGUUUUGUUUUGUUUGGAGAGAAUAAACAUGUAUUUAAACCAGA